AUGCAACUUAACCAUCAACCCCAGGAGAUCGAGUAUCUCGGCACCAUCAAAGAGAUUGUGUUCGAAGGUCCGAAGAGGACGUUUUCAGGUGUGGACUUGAAGGGACGUCUGAAUGGAGGAUUCAAAGAAUUCGAAGGACCAACAGUAAAAAGGCUGCAGUUUGGACCGGGAUCAUCAAGAGACUUUCCGCCAAGAGUUGAUUUUGGCAUCCACAUCUCAAAAGAAACUUAUGCAAUGUCUUCAUAUCAGUCUCCACUUGUGGAAAAAUUCAUGGCAAUGUAUCCGAAUAGAGCUCCAGUGGCUUUCAACCGUCCACAAGAUCUAUCCAGUCUUCGUCAACAAGCUCCAGAUCAGCAGUGCCAAGUGAUCCCAACACAAUUCCCGGCGGUUCUCGGAACAUAUAAGAAAAACUCCUGUACAGUCGGACCGAUUCGAGUUGCACAUCCUCAACGGCAGAUCGGAAGACGUCAGCCAGUUAUUCGGAAAUUGAGAAUUGUGACAACUGGAAUCUCUGCAAUGAUGCUUCCGACACAAUUGCCCUCGUUGGUAAAACCCGGAAUUUCCAACUCUUCCACUGUCGGAACAAUUUGGAAUGCUCCUCAACUCCAGACGGUACCAAUAGAUCCAAAGUUUAGAAUUGUGAAAGGACCACUUAUUGCGAGAAAGACGAAGAAGACACCGCCUCGUGAACAUCAAAAGAAUAUUAGAAGACUCUCAACUCCAGCAAUUAUGAAUUCAGCUCCAGCUCCCAAUCAGAACUUUGUUCAAAAACAUCCAUUGUCAGGCGUCGUUCCUCAUCCACAUCAAAUUCAGUCGGAUCAGAAUUCAGCUACACUAGUAAUGUCGUCUGCUCCAACUGUCCAGCAGGCACCUCAACAUCAGCCGAACGAUUUUGAUGACUUCGAGCCAGAGGAGGAAGCAUUGAAACUUUUCUAUAAUCAAGUUGAAAAAGAAGCUCCGAAAAAGAUAAUCUAUACAUCGCCGGAGUAUCUCGGUCCAGUGAAAGUGGAGAUAUCGGCUUACGAUGAACUCUUCGAUCCAAGUUUCAAGCCAGAAGCCAAGGAAACUCAGUGCACGUCUGCGCCUGCUGCUGAGAAACAAGCUAUCAUGAAAGAGCCGAAGAAUAAGAAGAUGGAAAACAAGAAAGAAGAAAAGAAAGCUGUCGAGGAGGAACUGGAAAAAGGUCCAAUUGCGGCGUUGGAAUACGAGGAUCCAGUGGAUCAACUCGAAUUCGAAAACUACGUAAAAUCGAUACAAGAGGAACAUGGAGAUGAUUUCUUGGGAAUGCUUCUGUUUGACGCGAUUCGUGGUUUGAGACUCGACGUCAAUGGCCAAAUUGCUAGAAAAUAA